CGUCACCUAAACUUGUACGUACCGUAGUACUCGUACUCUAAUUUCAACAGACAGAGACCAGGUCGUCGUACGUAGUUCGUAUUGCAGACCCACCGGUAAAACCAAACCGUAGAGUCAAUUGAAAUGGACUCCUUCGACCAAUCUCGAUCAUGUACAUGUAUAUGUACAUAAUGUUAGUGUCUCUUAUUCAUAGUUAGUGGCAAUUUGAUUUCUUUGCUCGCAUGGCAGGCUCGUUUUUUGUCUACCAACGACUCGAAAAUGAGGCCAUCGAAUCUUACGUACGAGUAACGCACCUCUUUGUAGAGUACGAGUACGAUGGGUGAGAAAAACUGAUAAAAAUACACUUUCGAGUACGGGCUAGAACAAUGCGAAAUAUCCAUCCAACGAACCCGGGAACGAUUGGAGAUGCCGCCGUAGCGUGAACCAAUCUAGAAGUACGAGUACGUACUGCUCAAACCUACAAAUAGUGACAGCAAAACAAAAACACAUCUCCGUGCCCUCGUCCUUUUCUCGCAUCCUAACCCACCGGAAGUCUGCCGAAGGAUAGGUCAAUCUGUCUUGCCAUUACUACCACGGAUACAUCUCCAACCCAGUCACCACCGAACAACCGUGAGCCGAAGUUAGAAAGGAGCCGACUGGUCUGUCGUGUCUCGUUUCGUUUCGUCUCGUUCMAUCGCAUCGCUUUGUGCUUUCGCAGAGCCAUUGCGGUUUCGCCUGUCGCAAGGACUUGAUUGCCAUACUGCGCAGAGGAUUUCAUUGAACACAUCGGCGACGUCAAAACCACCAGCACCAACGCAAAAACAAACAGGAUGAUUCCUCGGCGACGACCCAACGAACAAAAUGGUAACGGAACCACGGAAAAGCCCAACGGAACGACUCCGGCUUUGCCGAUUUCGCAGCCACCGACGGCUGCCUCCUCGUUCGGGUCGGCCCUUGGCACCCGCAAGAACCGUCGCCUGUUGAUUAUGGUUUUGAUCAUGGUCACGGCCGGGUAUUGGAUGACCAGGGAGGAAAAAAAGUUGCUCGACGAAGAGCAUUACGAAGACGCCCGCAAGGAGUACCUGAAGAAGAAUUCCCACCACGAACGCUAUUCGACGGUUCACAAGUACCAUCGCAAUCCGAAUGCGGCCUCGGGGAAAUUUGUCCUGGAGCCGGAGAACGAGUUCACACCCGGUAUUGCAUGGCUCAUGUCCUUUCCCAACAGCGGAACCUCCUUCACAAUGACCAUGGUGGCACGGUCCACCAACAAGUCCUUUGCCACGAACUACGGCAACGAGAUUAUCGCUCCCGACGAACCCAAUUCGCUGUCCAUCUAUCCCCGCCGUCCCGAGGGACCCUUCUGGCCCGGCCUUUCCGGAAAGAUGCACACGCCACGGGAACUGCCCGACCACUUUGUGAUCACAAAGACCCACUGCGGCAGCCGCUGCAGCAAGUGCGGACCCGACGAGUACAUCGAAACGCCCGAAGAGUUUCUCAGAAGGUGCACCCUCGGCCAUGCCCUCCUGACACCGGCCAAGGUCCGACGCAAGUACGACGUGGAGUACCCCUCGGAGCGCGUCCAGAGGGCCAUCCACCUGAUCCGCAAUCCCAUGCACAACAUCAUUGCCCGCUACCACCUGGAGCACCGACACAAGGGAUACAAAAACGACACCAACUGGCAGGAGAACCACUCGAACGACGCCAAGGGAUUGCACAAGUGGUGCGACGCAUUCUCAAAGGAUUAUCUGGAGGAGGACAUUGCGUUUUUUGGCUCGAAAUCUAAGAUCCCCAAGGCUCCCUGCCACGGAGAGUUUUACAAAUGGACCCAGUGGCACAACCUGGCACACGAUGUCAUCAACAUCAUGAGGGGCAAAGCAGAAGGAUUUGACUUUCCUCCCAGGGAUGUACCGGUGCACAAAGUCUACUACGAGGAUUACAACACCAAAUUUGAAGAGACAGCCAACGGCAUCCUUGACUUUUUGGAUCUGAAACAGGUGGCACCCUUCCGUGAGUUCACUUCCAGGAAAGACUAUGGUGGAUACUUUCCCCCAGAAGAACUGAGAAACAUUCGGGACUUGGUGAAAUCGGUGGCUAGCGAAGAGACCUGGAGCGAUGUGAAGCACUACUUUGAAGAUGAUGUAGAAACCGAUGCGGCUGCAGCAGGGAGUGGUAGCAGAUCGAGAAAGGAAGAAGUAGCAGAAGAAGAGCAAUCUAGCGCACACUUCCACCAAAUUGUUGAGCGGGGAGACACAAGGCAAUGACUUUCCCGUCCACAAGGUCUGUAAUGACAAUUACAACAC